AUGAGAAAUCUUUCUAUGAUAGCUUUGCUGAUAGCCGCUCCAAUAGUAUCCGCAGGUGUUUUCAAAAUCCCAGUUGAAUCUACACCUAUUGAUGAAUUAAAAUUGGCUAUGGACGGCACCACAUUCUUACCUAAAGAUCACUUACUAAGAGGUGUAUUCUAUUUUGGAUCUGCCCAUGUAAAAGCUAACCUUAUUUUCGAUACAUCAUCUGAUUGGGUUUUCGUUAUGGAUAAAUAAUGCUUAUCUUGCGAUCCAUCAAAUAGACUCUACGAAUGGAAAGAAUCAACAUCAGCAGCUAAUUCUGAUAUUAUCACUGCCUACAAUGCUAAUUAUGGCCAAAUCGUUGUCGUUGGAGAUGAUGUUAAUGACACAGUUUGCAUUUAAAACAAGUUUGACUACUGUGCAAAAAAUUUCAGAUUCCUCUCAGUUACUGAUGUCAGCAAAAAGAUGCUACCUAUGCAAGGAGUUGUUGGAAUGGCCCCAGAUGAUCCAAAAAAUGGCCCUUCAUUUGUUGCUACUCUUGUUGAUUAGAAAGUUAUAGAUAAAAAAAUGGUAGGCAUUAUGAUUACCGGACCCGAUCAAGGAGGAGACUCUACCAUUACUAUGGGAGGCUAUGAUGAUACCCAAUUCGACAAAUAUACUGAUAGAGUUGUAUAUUGGUACAAGACAACUAGCGAUCAAUUAUGGCAGAUUCCAUUGAAUGAUUUGAAGUUUGGCAACUACACUCUCUUUACUGAUAACUACAAGAGAAAUGCUAUCUUCAACUCAUUCUUCAAGGGAAUUUCACUACCAUCAGACAUGUUUAAGAAAUUUGCCGAGCUCGCUUAAAAGCAAAUCAGAUUAACUAAUUGCGAUUAGACAACAGGAUUUUGCAGAUUCCCAGGACUCUGCUCAAAGCAAAUCAGAAAUCUUUUCGAUAUCAAAAUCUAAUUCGGAGAUGUUCAAGUUUAUAACAUCCCAGCAAAAGGAUACGUGUAUGAUUCAACUACAGAUGAAGGCUACCCAGAGUGCAGAUAUAGAAUGAACAUUUCAUCAGACAAUAACAUCGUUCUUGGAACUCCAUUCUUAUAUAACUACUACCAAAUCUUAAACUAUGAGAAUAAUUCCUUAGGACUUUAUCUCCAUCAAUUCUCUGAUAGCACAAUUGCUCCUACUGGUAUUGAUGAGAGAACUGGAAAUACUGGAAGUGGAGGGGGAGAUAAUGAUAACUCACUUCCUCCAUGGGCUGUAGCUUUGAUCGUUAUUUCAAUCUUAAUUAUUGUUGGUGCUAUUAUUGCUUUCGUUGUCAUUAGAAGAAGAAACUAAAAACUUGGUGAGCAACUUGUUGAAUAUAGCAAACUAGAACCAGACACAAGCAAUAAAGCAAAGUCUACGCUUUGA